UUUAGCAGUUGGUCCAGUAUCAAUAGCAUCACUAGUAAUGGGUUCUAUGCUUAAAGAAGUAGUCUCACCAACUGAAGACCCAACUCUGUAUCUGAAAUUGGCUCUCACUUCAACCUUCUUUGCUGGUGUAUUUCAAACAUCUUUGGGUCUACUUAGGUUGGGAUUCAUAAUCGAUUUCCUUUCGAAGCCGACUUUAACUGGGUUCACAGCUGGGGCAGCUGUUAUUGUAGGUCUACAGCAGCUUAAAGGAAUGCUUGGGAUUACUCACUUUACUCCUAAGAUGCAAAUUGUCAAUGUGCUGUCUUCUGUUUUUAGCACCACAAAAGAGUGGUCAUGGCAAACUGUUGUGAUGGGGAUGUGUUUCUUGAUCUUUCUACUGGCAACAAGGCAUAUUAGCAUCAAAAAGCCACAGCUCUUUUGGAUUUCAGCAGCCGCUCCAUUAGCAUCCGUAAUUCUGUCAACAGCUUUAGUCUAUGCCUUCAGAGCUCACACUUCUGCCAUUUCAAUCAUUGGACACUUGUCGAAGGGUUUGAAUCCGCCAUCCUCGAACAUGCUAUCUUUCAGUGGAACUCAUCUUCCCCUUGCUGUAAAAACGGGCAUUGUAUCCGGGAUUUUGUCUCUCACUGAAGGUAUCGCAGUUGGAAGGACUUUUGCUUCGCUAAGAAAUUAUCAAAUUGAUGGGAAUAAAGAAAUGAUAGCAAUCGGUGUUAUGAAUAUGGCUGGUUCUGGUACUUCAUGCUAUGUAACAACAGGAUCAUUUUCUAGAUCAGCAGUAAUCUUUAAUGCUGGAGCACAGACAGCAGUAUCGAACAUAGUUAUGGCAGCAACCGUCAUGAUCACACUGCUAUUCCUGCUGCCGUUGUUUUACUUUACUCCCAAUGUCAUCUUAGCGGCGAUUAUUAUAACUGCUGUUAUUGGGCUGAUCAAUUAUCAAGAAGUCAUUAAGUUUUGGAGGGUUGAUAAGUUCGACUUCAUGACAUGUUUAAUUGCAUUCUUUGGUGUUCUUUUCUUCUCUGUUCAAAUGGGCCUCGCAAUUGCUGUCGGGGUUUCAAUAUUCAAGAUUCUGAUGAAUGUGACAAGACCAAAUACAAUGGUGUUAGGGAAUAUUCCUGGGACACAAGUAUUCCAAAAUGUUGGCCGUUAUGGAGACGCUACAAGGGUUCCAUCAUUCUUCAUACUUGCGAUUGAAUCUCCCAUCUGCUUUGCAAAUUCUGCAUAUCUUCAAGAGAGGAUAUUAAGAUGGGUUAGAGAGGAGGAAGAAAGGAUUUUAGAAAACAAAGAGCAAGACAUGAAAACCAUAAUCUUGGACCUGACAGCUGUAACUGCCAUAGACACCAAUGGACUUGAAGCAAUAGUUGAAAUCAGAAAGAUGCUCGAUAAGCGAUCGUAUAAGCUGGUGUUGGUGAAUCCAUUGGGACAAGUGAUGGAGAAACUGGAAACUUCAAAGACACUGGAACUUUUUGGGGAAAGAGGAUUGUAUCUCACAGUUGGAGAAGCCAUUGCAGAUAUAUCCAAAAGGUCCAAGAUUGAGGUCUAAGUCACUUGUUACAAUGGGUAGUUGAAUCCCGAUUGUCUUAUUUUUACACGAUAGAUCAGAGGAUCCCUAUUUUAUUUUUUU